AUGGUCCGUAGUUGUAUCGGUGUGGUCUCGUAUGGUCCAAAUCCUAAGAAUCCCAUCUUCGUUCUCUGGUACGUCGUCGUCGUAAUGAACGCCACCGGAAAGCCAUCUGACGGUGAGCCGAACGUAGUCUCGCCCACUCAAAGUGUAUAUACCGGCACAAUUAGCUUCGGGCUCAGGCAAGGCGGACGCCUACGCCCUUUCAGUCGGGUCUCGCUUCAAUUCGAUCUUAUUUCGUCCGGUCACCAUUGUUGUAAGGUGGUGGGAAUGCGUGACCUGUUGGCCCGCAAUCCGAUCCUGAACUAUACGGUGAGAACACCAAGAGGCUCUCUACUUCAUUCCCGUGGAAGUUUCAUCCGUAUGCACUCCGGCUGUUCAGCUGUCUUGGCUUCCGCUGGACCCUGUGCUUCUAUUUGCUAG